AUGACACCUCACGCGCCUACCAACCGCCCGCCGUCCGACGCUGUGUACGUCGACAGUGCCCCCGACGAGCCCGCAACGGAGGUGAACGGUGGAGAACUAAUCGCUGUCUGUAUUGUUCCAGUCGACGCGACACGCGUUUCAACGGGGGCGAUUUUUAUGUGUGCGCCGCGCCUGCAUUAUUGGGUCGCGAUCGGUUGGGCUUCGGGGGCGAAGGAGGAGUUAGGACUUUGUUACGGGAGCUCUCCUGGCGAGGCGGCCCCGACGGCCGUGCACCUGUGGGUGCCACUGACCCGUUUCACCUGCCACCUCGUCAGUUGGCACCGGCUUUUUUUAAGCCCCCGCGUAUUUACAUUGCGCUGGCGGUCUAUUAACGGCAACGGCGGUCCCCCUCCCCUGUUUUAUACCCCACGAUGGAUGGACUCG